AUUUACGUUUUGCACCAAUGUAGCUCAUUUUUCAACUAAUCGAUAGCCAUUUUUGAGGCAAUCGGACGGGUGGGAGAAGCAGAAUGGCCCCUGCACCUUACCGUGCGACUCGACCCCUCGCGAGGAAUGAGGUCAUGGAAUGAGGUCAUGGAAUGAGGUCAUGGAAUGACGUGCGCCUGAACUGGUCGCGAGCCGAGCCGAUAUGGCUGUGAUGGUUCCCGCACGUUUGACCGACUUCGGCUGGGGCGAGGUCAAGGUCAGCCCGGUCCCGGGCCAGCAAUGUCGCGGGAGGGGAGGGGUAGCGUUCCCACCAGCGGCACCUGCCCGUACUUGCAAUGGUCGCUGCCACUAACCCGACAACUCAACCGCCAACACAGCAUGACUACAUCAUACACCGCGCGUACGCCGUCUGAGAGUCGGUCUGGUGCGUCAGUGCACAGAUGGAUGAACUGGUUUGUACUGAGUCCGAUCGAUCCCCCGCAGCUGCAGCCGACAUGCCAAAGCGACCGCGAGCCCACCGCCGUCUGUUUUCCGACUUUGUUGUCGCUCCGAUAUGACGUCAGCGAUAGACGGCUAUAUUCAUGCGGUGGCCGUGACGGUUUUCCCGCCGCGCUCCAGUUUGGCCGUCGGCACCUGUUGCUGCCCCGAGCGGCCUUGGAUGGACCUUUGGCCAUCUGUGACCACAGCGCUGCGUGGGCGCCGCGAGGCGACCUCUCAACGCGUCGCCAUGGCAACGACAUUGAUUCGCUGACGUCACGUCGGCUGCGCGGCGAGGGCGACGCGUCGGUGGCGACGGCACCGCAGGCCAUACGGUGCGAAUUGUCGGCCGCGGCGCAGCGGCUGCUGAAGACCAUGCCGCCCCUCUGCGCCCUCCUGGCGCUGCUGGCCGCGUGCUGCUCGCACGCCCAGGCUUUCGUCUUCAAGCACCACGACAACACGGAGCUGCUGGAGAUCCUGGAGGACGUCCACUCGCGCUGUCCAGAGAUCUCCGACGUCUACGAGCUCUCAGAGACGUCGGUCGGCGGCGUUCCGCUCGCUGUUAUCGUGCUCGGGAAGCAGCCUUCCAAGCAUGUUCCACUGAUUCCGGAGUUCAAAUACAUUGCUAACAUGCACGGAAAUGAAGUACUCGGUCGUGAGCUGCUUCUGAAGCUGGCUGACUAUCUGUGCGAAGAAUAUAGGAAGGACAAUCCACAGGUCAUGCGCCUCCUGACCCGGACCAGGAUCCACCUGAUGCCCAGCAUGAACCCAGACGGCUGGCAGAUCGCCACCGAGGAUGGCGGUCGCAACUACAUCACGGGCCGUCCCAACGCCAACGGUGUGGACUUGAACCGCGACUUCCCUGACCUGGACCGGCUCAUCUACCGCCUGGAGGACCGGGGCGUCGAGAAGAACAACCACCUCAUGGACCUGGUCACCGGUCUGGACCAUCUGCCGCAGCCGGAAACUGUGGCUUUGAUGCGCUACAUCGUGGACCAGCCGUUCGUGCUGUCGGCCAACAUGCACGGCGGGGACCUGGUGGCCAACUACCCCUACGACGAGUCACGGUCCACUUCGCCAGCUGAUUAUUCCGGCUCGCCUGAUGACAGCACCUUCAGGAGCCUGGCCCUGGCCUACGCCGAGGCCCACGCACGCAUGGGCGACCCCAGCACGCCCGGCUGUUCGGGCUCGCACAACUUCUCCUGUCAGCGCGGCAUCACCAAUGGGGCGGCUUGGUACACAGUGGCUGGAGGUAUGCAGGACUUCAACUACCUCGCGUCCAACGACUUCGAGAUCACGCUGGAACUGGGCUGCGACAAGUACCCGCCGCAAGAGCAGCUGGAGCAGGAGUGGAAGGACAACCUCCCAGCGCUGCUCAACUUCAUUUGGCAGGUGCACACCGGUAUCAAGGGCAUCGUCAAGGACGCCCAGAACAGGUCUCCGAUAGGUGGCGCCACCAUCGCUGUUCGUAAUGUCACUGCACUCAACUCCACGGCCUCCCGGAGCUACAACAUCGAACAUGACGUCACAUCCUUCCGCGACGGUGACUACUACCGUCUGCUGACCCCGGGCCUGUACGAGGUCACCGUGUCUGCCCCGGGCUACGUCCCCAAGAUGCAGCGCGUGCAUGUUGUGAACCCCAAGCACGGCGAAGCGGCGAUCAUUAACUUCUCGCUGGAUGCCGCUACUGACACCAGCGCCACAGGCGGCAAGAUGAAGAACUACCAGGGCCCGUACGAGCUGGGGUCGGCUACGCAGCGCGCUGACACGAGGUCGGGUCGGCUGGAAGCCAUCCGCCGAAGCUGGAUCAACUCCCUAUACGGCACCGGUAGGGUCUACUGAAAACGGCAGCGGUAGAUGCGGAGUCUGCCGGUGGGCACCGCCAGUUAGAAGAUGGUGUCCAAGCUGUGAAGACUCCGCUGAAGUUGAGCAGAUUCCGCUGAAGCUAGGAUGCCGCUGCAGCCCGUUUUGGAAUUGGCAGUUUCUGCGAACGCGGUAGCAGAUUCUGCCUAAGCUUGCCUGACUCUGCUUAAGUCUGGGCAGGCUCUGCUAAAGUCGGACGAGUCACUGUUUCGCCGCGUUUCACUGUGGCCAUGUGCGAAAUAUUCCGUUCAUCUGGUAUACAUUUUGGCAGCUGGACUGGACCAAAUUAUCUGCAUGUCUUUGUGAUCACCAUAUCCGAUGCGCUCAGUAAACUAGCUUGCCGUACAACGUCAAUGCUGGAGUGAUGCGAAGUGAGCUCGUAUGGGCGAGAGCGGUUUAGGAUUGUUCUAGAGCCGAACUCCCACAGAAGCCGGACCUCGCCACGAAGAUUAGCCCAAUCGCCAUGAAAACAACAGCUCGUAGUGGUCUAUUCAAAUUUCAUUGGAUAUGAAGUAAGGAGAGCUUAAGUUAUUGCGCUGGUUUUAUUCAUCUAGCAAUAGUCCCACUCGCGCUAAUCCGAUAAAUGUUUGCACUCUUUUGGUCCUUGUUUCCUUCUAUGUCGACCACGUGCGUGAUGUGAAUUGGGCCCACUCCUCGCGCCUGUACACGUAAAAAAAACAACUACCAAACUCCUUGAGUCCUACCAUUUCGCCACUUCAGCACCUCUAACGCUAUCUAAAAAAUAAUGCAGUGUGACCUUCUCCUUCAAAGGUCAAGGUCAGCUGCCAGUGAUUUCAGAACCCCUGCGAUCUCUCUUCCACCGCAGUCAUGUGAAAGCGAAUGUGUCAACCUUUUUGACGCUAUAGAUUUAGGACGCUCCGGUGUUCACCUUGCGGACUUAACCUUGUACUGUCGUCUUGACCUAACCUGCACGAGCGCGGGUUCGGGGUCGGCCACUAUGUGACCCCAGGCUGACCGGCCUCGUUACGUCGCAGCGGUUGUUGUGUGAAAGGCUUUCACGGGUAUUCUAUGACCGAAGUGGGGGUGUGAAGAGGGAUAAAUUUAAAAGUCGUGGGCAGCGUGCUGCUGGUUUUGAACGCUGCGUGUGCGUACCUCAGUGUUGUCAAGACCUGCCAAGUAGAGCUAGUCCAUUCGUCUAUUUUCCAUGGUGACAAUAUGCCGUAGUUAGAUAUCAACAAACGACAGCGAUCGUGCACCUAGCCUCACUCUACUGACCGUCACGUCCGCGCUAUGAAGUGGACGCUACGUGGUUGCGUGUGGGUGCGCGGAACAACAUUAUUGAUGUGCGGUUUAUUCGGCGAAAGAGAUUAACCAUUUCUCAAACUUGAAUAGGGGCAGCGGUGCUUUGCCGCAAAAAGUCGCGUUGAUUAGGCCCACCUGCAUCUUGUUAUGCGCCACUUCUUGCUUUAUAUGUCUACUGGCAACGUUUCGUGUGCUAGGCCACAGUAUGGCUGUAUGUGAGCAAACGGACGCUAGCGUUGUAUCCCAGGACCUUGCAGGGUAUAGCGGGGUGAGAUAUUGCUUCCUCACGCGUCCGCAUACAUGUAUACGUGCGUAGCUCUGGCGUAUACAUGCGUAGCUCUGACGAGGACGCAUGUAGAGAA